UCGGAGAUGGCGGUUGCACCGGAAGUGACGACGACGACGACUGCGUUGGUGCACCGGCAGGAACUGCCGCCACCGGCCCCGGUGUCGACUCAGGUCGUCGUGGACGACCGCUACGUGAGCAACAUCACGGAGACGGACGUGUUUGAGGACGUCACGAGACACACGCGGGAAGUGACGGAGUUGUUGCGACGACCGCCACCGCCGCCGCCGAGGGACUGGGACAUCGUCAUCCGCAAUUAUCCGGCGCCUCGGCCCGGCAGAACUACCACCACUACCAGUCGGGCGAGCAGCAGUGAUGAUGCCGCCAGUUCUGUGGUCACAGCCACUACUGAUCAUCAGCAAAUGCUGCAUGCCGACCACGAACUCAUGGUGGAUGCUGAUGACGUGGCCAGGAUGAGAAGCAGAAGGACAACUGCUAGUACGACGGCUGAUUCCAGAGGGUAUAAUGAGCUCACUACAGCUCAUCAUGAGACAACACGAACAGUGAUGCUGCAAGAUGAGCGAGAACAACAGGUGACGAGACGUAGUGAGCAUCACCUCACGGAGCUCCAGGUCCCAUUGCAAAGCGAGCAAAGAGCCCCGAAUUGGGAUGUGCUCAUUAGGGUUCUAAGCCCUGUUCCCUUGGCGCAGCGAGCGACAUCUAUGGACGACACAGCGAGUGUCCGCACUGGGACCACAGCCACCUCCACGCAGGGUGAGCCAAGUGACGAAGAAAUACACCAAGAACGGACCUUGCGGAGAUUGUUGUCCAAGGAGGACAAGGAAAAGCUGAGGCAAAUCAUUACUACAGAGUCCACUUUGAGAACGCUGCUCACCGAGGCCACUGUGAAGGAGGACUUUGACAAAAUCCGUCAUGAUCAGAGGUACAUGAAGCUGUUUGAGCCACACAAGUGGGACGUCAUCAUCCGUGUCCUGAGCCCCCCGGAGGAGCCCGAAGGCGCCGGUGGCGGCAGACGCCAGUCUUCCGCGUCCUCCGCCUCAUCCCUGCUCUCCAACGCCAACACCAGCGCCACCCAGGCAUCCACAUUCGGCGGCCACAACAACGAUACAACGUUAAUGCGACCUCGCCAAGCCCCAUUGCGGGAUCCUUUCGGUUAUGACGAUGUCGACGAUGCACAUCAUCAUCAUCAUUCAGCGGCGACAAUGAGACGGCGAAUGAGUUACGAAGCGUAUGAUAAUGAAGGCAUGGUGAUGCUGCACGACGAGGACGAGGAGCCGAUACGACCAACAACGAUCUCUAGCGGCGCUUUGCCAAGACUCGGUGCUGCGAAUCGUAUCCGAAGUCCAGGUGUCGCUGCCACCGCUGCUGUGGCUGGUCAAUUGAUGCGCGGGGUUUCGCGGCAGUCCAGCAAGGGAGACGUGCGAUCCGUCACUGAAGAAAUGGUGAAUGAUCAUCAUCGCAUGAUGCGUGCCACCGACUCGCAGAGCGAAACGACGUCCGGCGUCGGUCCUGCCAUGAGCAGCAGCCGCAGUGGCCGCCACGUGGCCCGCAGCAUGGCCGAGCGGUCCACGUCCGAGUACACCGAGCUGGCCCAGCCAGCAGCAGCAGCGACGCGACGGAGUUUGAGAGACGGAGGUUGUUCACCACCACUACCGUCAUCGUCGUCGUCGUCGUCUUUUGCCCUAAGCAUGGCAGCUAACCUGAAAGGAAUUCUGGUCUAA